AUAUAUUACUAAUAUAACUGUCAGUCUCACAGAGACGACAACUCUCUAUAUGUUCUUUUGCUUUUUACUCUUUCGUAUCCUUUCGAAAUCCCUAGGGUUUUGAUUUUGGGGAAAAAUGGAUGAUAGACAGAGGAGAUACAUAGAAAGAUCAAACAGUAUGUUGAGAAGAGAAAGUAAUAAUAAACGAGGUUUGGAUGAUUCUGAAGAUGCUCCAUCUCAGCCUGAUACUAAGAAAAGACCUGCUCUUGCUAGUGUGAUUGUGGAAGCUUUAAAGAUGGAUAGUCUUCAGAAACUCUGCUCAUCUUUGGAGCCUAUACUUCGUCGAGUUGUUAGUGAAGAGGUUGAGCGUGCUCUUGCAAAGAUGGGUCCUGCCAGCUUGAAUGGAAGGUCUUCUCCUAAACGAAUUGAAGGUCCUGAUGGGAGGAACUUGCAGUUACAGUUUAGGUCUAGGUUGUCCCUCCCCCUUUUUACUGGUGGGAAAGUGGAAGGAGAGCAAGGUGCUGCAAUCCAUGUUGUGCUGCUUGAUGCAAAUACAGGCCAUGUUGUAACAGUUGGACCUGAAUCCGGCGCGAAGUUGGAUGUUGUAGUGCUUGAAGGAGACUUCAGCAAUGAGGACAACGACAACUGGACCCAAGAGGAAUUUGAAAGCCGCACUGUUAAAGAGCGUGAAGGGAAACGGCCACUUCUGACAGGGGAUUUGUUUCUGACACUGAAAGAAGGUGUAGGAACUCUUGGAGACCUGACAUUUACUGAUAACUCAAGCUGGAUUCGCAGUAGGAAAUUCAGGCUAGGGCUUAAAGUGUCCUCAGGUUACUGCGAGGGCCUUCGUAUUCGUGAGGCAAAAACCGAGGCCUUCACGGUGAAGGAUCACCGAGGAGAAUUAUACAAAAAACACUACCCACCAGCACUAAAUGAUGAUGUUUGGAGACUGGAGAAGAUUGGUAAGGAUGGGUCAUUUCACAAGAGGCUGAAUAAGUCCGGAAUAUACACAGUGGAAGAUUUUCUCCGCCUUGUAGUUAGAGAUUCACCAAGAUUGCGAAGUGUCCUCGGCAGUGGUAUGUCAAAUAAGAUGUGGGAUGUUCUCAUCGAACAUGCGAAGACAUGUGUUUUGAGUGGAAAGCAUUAUGUUUUUUAUGAUGACGCGACAAGGAAUGUUGGUGUUGUUUUCAAUAAUAUCUACGAGCUGAAUGGUCUUAUUGCUGGUGGACAGUAUCGUCCAGCUGAUUCUCUUUCUGAUAGUGAGAAGGUAUAUGUGGAUGCCUUGGUGAAAAGAGCAUAUGAGAAUUGGACGCAAGUUAUAGAAUAUGAUGGCCAGGCCCUUCUAAGUUUUUAUCAAAAUAAAGAACUGUGUGCUGCCUCUGAAUCAGAAGUUCAACAAGAUCAUCAUAAUCAACAAGGGUCUCUUUUGACCUUUCCAGUUUCAGUUCCUCCACCACAACCAUCACCACCUUCAGGCUUGGCCAUUGGUGGACACUUUGACCAUACGCCAAAUGGUUACUUGAUGAAUUCUCAACAGGUAAACUCAAAUGUGCAUACACAGUUUGAUGGCUUUGUUGCACCACAGAACCAGCUCAGUGGUGCUUCCCACCAACCUCAAAUGACAGGACAGGAUAUUAACUUGGUCCCUGGUCAACUACAAUCAUCCAGUUUAGGGUUUCAAACUGUAGGCCCAUCAGUCGUGUCGUCAAAUCUUACUUCUUUCAGCGAAGACUUUUUAACAGCGGAAGACAUCCGAAUGAGAAGUCAUCAAAUACUUGAGAAUGAAGAUGAUAUGCAGCAGUUACUUCGUUUAUACAGUAUGGGCAAUCACAAUUCUGUAAACCCAACUGAUGAUAUUUUCCAUUUCCCAUCAAGCAGUCCUUUCCCACCAUCGAUCAACUAUAAGUAUGACGAGGAUAAUAGCCGUUUGACAAGCAAAUCUGUAGUGGGGUGGCUGAAGAUAAAGGCAGCUUUGAGAUGGGGCUUCUUUAUUAGGAAACAAGCUGCUGAAAGGCGACGGGCUCAGAUCGUCGAGUUAGACGAUGAGUAGAUUUCUUCUGCAGGUGCUGUGUGGGGGUAUAUUAUUUUGUCAGCCCUGAGAUUAGGUUUCAAACUAAAAUCAACAUCUAGGAACUUACUCUAGUUGUGUUCGAGACUUUAUAUAUAUUAUCUGUAUUUAUGCUAUUCGUAGUGUUGAACCAGGAAAACUCUCCUAGUAUUGGUGUACAUUUGUUUGUUGCAUGUACAGUUAGUUUCAUGUCUGGCUCAACAGUACUAUAGGUUGCUUAUGUUAUAUGACGGUUCAUUGUUUAUGAAACAUUUUGGAGAAAAUGUUAAAGGCCGGCUGAUUAUGUGUA